AAUGAGAACAGGGACGGGACUUGGGCAGGGGCGGUUGGAGGAGGUGCAGGACUUGGGGCAGCUCGGGGCCUGAGGCCUGGCCACUGUCAGGGUCACACUGUGCGUCCCCACACCCUGGGGCCCAGGCAUCUCCCUGUCCCCUCCUCAGCUCUGACAGAGAAACCCGACAUCCACUUUCUGGAGCCUCUGGAGUCCGGCCGCCCCACAAGGCUGAACUGCAGCCUUCCAGGAUCCUGUGAAGCGGGACGACCUCUCACAUUCUCCUGGACGGGUGAUGCCCUCAGUCCCCUGCACCCCGAGACCAACCCGGUGCUCACCUUCACUCCAAGGCCCAAGGACCAUGGCACCAACCUCACCUGUCAGGUGAAACUCCGAGGAGCUGAGGUGACCACGGAGAGAACUGUCCAGCUCAAUGUCUCCUAUGCUCCACAGAACCUUGCCAUCCGCAUCUUUUUCAGAAAUGGCACAGGCACAGCCCUGCAGAUCCUGAGCACUGGCAUGUCACUGCCCAUCCUGGAAGGCCACUCCCUGUUCCUCGUCUGCACAGUUGACAGCAACCCCCGUGCCUCGCUGAGCUGGUUCCGGGAGGGUAAAGCCCUGAAUCCCUCCCAGACCUCAGUAUCUGGGACCCUGGAGCUACCUGACAUAGGGGCUGGAGAUGGAGGGGAAUUCACCUGUCGGGCUCAGCACCCGCUGGGCUCCCAGCACCUGUCCUUCAUCCUUUCUGUGCAGAGAAGCCCCCGUUCCUGCAUGUGUGUACCUGAGAAACAGGACGGCUCCUGGCCCCUCGUCCUCACCCUGAUCCGGGGGGCUCUCAUGGGGGCUGGCUUCCUCCUCACCUACGGCCUCACCUGGAUCUACUACAGCAGGUGUGGAGGUCCCCAGGAGAGCAGGGCGGAGAGGCCUGACUGAGCCCCUCCUGCUCAAGACAGAAGCGAGGUGUGAACACCCAGCCCUGCAGGACAGAUGCAGGACAUCACCGUCAGCUUCCUUCUGGAAGCUCGCAUCCCACUGACUAUCCCUGUUUUCCUGCCUGCCCCAUACCCCGUCUACUUAUCCCCCUCUGCCUGUGAGUCCUGCCCCGCCACACCUGCAUCCCCACCUGCACCCCAUCCCCUCCCCACCCACCCUUCUCUUCCCUCUCCAUCCCCAGUUCUGUGAAGGGAAUGAACUUUCAGUCUUAUACCCCCAUUACCCAAAAGUUACGUUUUGUUUUUUGGUUUUGGUUUUUCUUUU